ACGAGACCGACGGCGAAUUGUGCGCAGGCGUGAACGCGCUUCGUGAAUAAUGCUCGAGUACUGUCGCCCUCUGCAGGUCACGCGACAGAAGCGCUUCAGCCCGUCCGGUCGCGUUCUUUAGCCUCUCAUAACCGCCGGCGUGACAAUACCGUCUGUCUAGCUGAAAUAAGCGAUAACAAACCGUUACACAAUAUCUGAAACGAGGGUCAGCUGAUCGGUGUUUCUAUGGACGCCAAUAUUCCACACAUCCGGGACAAGCUGCUGAACCCGGAAACAGAUUCGCAGUGUGAUUGACAGCUGCAGACAACGCCGCGCAUCCUAACAAAUCCAAAGAACGAUUCGCUCCGGUCUGAUUCCGAUGAGGAUCGUCUAAUUACGGGUCAGAUGAGAGUUGGCGGAUGAUCCUACAGGCUUCGGAGGGACUGUUUGUCGGCCCAGAUGUCUCUGGCUCAGCGGGUUCUUCUCACCUGGAUCUUCACGCUCAUCUUCCUCAUCCUGCUGGUGCUGAAGCUGGAUGGCAAGGUCAAAUGGAGCUGGUUCCUGAUCUUCCUGCCCGUCUGGAUCUUUGACAGCAUCCUGCUGCUGAUGUUGGGCGUGAAGGUGGCGGGACGCUGCCGGGCGGGUUACGACCCGCGGCUGAGGGUCUGGUAUCUUCUGGCUCUGAUGAUGAAGGUGGGCUUCUGCGUGACUCUGUGCGCGCGGCUGGAGCAGCUCACCAACCUGCGGCUGCUGCUCAUCUGUGUCCCGCUGUGGACGCUGCUGACCGGAGCCAUGAUCCAGCUGGGAUACAACAUCCUGCCCCAGCGCACAGACUGACACACACACACACACACACACACACAUAUGUAUAUGGACAUAUCGCAGUCAUAUAAACACACACACGGUCAUUCAGUCUCAAGCAUUUGUACAUAAUCACACUUCAGUGUUUCUACAGAGACUAAACAUUCUGCUGUUUCUGUUCCUCCUCGUUUUUAGAGAAAUUUGACUCAAAAAUGAAUUUUGUACAUUACACGUUUCAAGGUAAUAUGUGGAUUUACAUGUGUGUUUUGAUUUUGUAAAUAUACAUAUGCGUGUGUGCUCA